AUGGAGUGUGAGGCGGAGCGCCGCCCCUUGGGUGUGUUUGAGUGCCAGCUCUGUGCCUUAACUGCUCCGUAUAGCUACGUGGGGCAGCAGCCCCCCGGCACCCAGUCUGUCGUCCUCCUGGAGGAGAGCUACGUCAUGAGGGGCCCCUUCGCCCCCAGCAAGGACAGGUUCCUGGUCCUCGGCUCGAGGUGCGGCUUGUGCGGCAGGCUGGUGUGCGUGGGCCCGGAAUGCAGUUUAUUCUACUCCAAGAGAUUUUGCCUCCCCUGUGUCCGGGAGAACAUUGAUGCUUUCCCUCAGGAAAUUCAGCAAGACUUGGAGAAAAGGAAAGUCCCAUCUAAGAGGCCUGCCAGCCAGCCUGGUUCUCGAACAUGA